AUGUCAAUAUCAUGUCCGAAAUGCGGGAAAGUAUUCAGCAAGGAGUCCAGCAUCACUCGUCACCUCAGUCAGCCUCGAUCAUCGUGUCAUAGUUCUAUUCGUGACAUGGUGGACAUUUCUCAGUUUGCAGAGUCAAUUCUACAAUUAUGGCGGUCCCCCGAUCCAAUUCUUUACCAUAGUAUAAAUUCGGACGCAUACCCUUCGCAUUUCGAUGUCGACUUCUUCGAGACAGAGGGAGAGGAAUCCAUGAGUGCGGAGGAACAGUACAAAGACGCAGGGACUCGUUACUCUCAAGACGGCCUGACGUUCUUGGAUCUUUUUGACGCGGACGAGUAUGCAGAAUACAGAAAGGAUAAUUUAUUCUAUCCUUUUGCAUCAAAAGAGGAAUGGGAAAUUGCCGAUUUUCUUCUUUGUUCUCCCCUUAGUAUGGCUGCAAUCAAUGAAUUUCUAGCGCUCCCAAUACGUUUUCUCCUCGCAAUUCUCAAGUCUCUUAUCCUUCUCAUCCGCGGAUUGAAGCUUUCAUUCAGUACCACUAAAGAAUUGCGAAGCCGAGCCGAGAUGCUACCCAAGGGACCAAGCUGGAAGUGUCAAAUUAUCCCAUCUCUCCAUCGCACCAAAACUCCAAUCCGACUUUUUUGGAGGGAUCCGGUUGAAUGCUUAGAAGCCCUCUUCAGCAACCCCCUUUUCCAUGACAAGCUUGAUUUUGUCCCUCGUCGCGUGUACACGACCGCAGCAUGGCUUACCCGCAUUUAUUCGGAGUGGCUGACAGGGGAUUUUGCUUGGGAGUUCCAGAGUCAAGUACCCAGAGGCGCUACAAUUCUUGAGUUGCUCAUCCACUUCUUCUCAGGUCUCGCCAAUAUCCGCAUGCAAACUCGCAUGAAGCUCUCAUCCAGGGCCUUCCUACUCACAGCACUCCUCCCUAUCCUGCAGUACUUACACUCUAAUCAACGGAUGCGAGGUGUUCUCGAAGACUGCCUCAUACAUCAAUGUCUUUCUAUCGUCUUAAAGCUGUUAAUGAUUGCGGCUGAAAUCGGGAUAAUGAUGUCUGAUCCCGUUGGAAAUGUUCGCCAUUGCUAUACGCCCCUUGCAGCAUACAUCAUUGAUACCCCGGAGGCAUGUAUGCUUGCGUGUGUACAUGGGAAAACCUCCCCAUUUACGAUGGCAUCAUAUCUGGAGUUUUGGGACAAUUUUCGUCACUCCGAACGUACACGCCAUAUCAUUCUCGAUCAGCUCGCCAAGAUACACGUUGAUCCCAAUGACCUCGAAGGUUAUUUUGAUGCAUGCACCAUAUAUCAUCUAAACGGUGUCCAUGCGCCCUUCUGGCAAGAUUGGCCGUUUGCUUGCCCCUUGGUCUUUCUAACUCCAGAGGCUCUGCAUCACUGGCAUAAGCAAUUUUUCGAUCACGACCUUCAGUGGUGCAUUGCACCAGUCACAGGCUAUCAUCACUAUUCUGGCGGAAUAACGAAGCUCAAGCAAGUUACGGGCAGAGUUCACCGUGAUCUGCAGCGUUACAUUGUCGGUCUCAUCAUUGGUGCAGCCCCUCGUCGAUUCGUGAUCGUGAUCUGUGCCCUUAUGGACGUCCGGUAUAUGUCACAAUCCCCUUCUCCGGAUGACAAUCUAUUGGCAUCUAUUGACCAAUCUCUUUCGACCUUUCAUCAAAACAAAGAUGUUAUUAUGAUGUUGGGCGCAUGGACCGGUAUGAAGAAGACGAUCAACAAUUACACACAUAAAGUUGGAGCCCUUAUCCAGUGGUCUGUGGACGCCACUGAACAUGCGCAUGUAUCCGAAAUCAAGGAACCUGUGCGACAAACUAACAAUAAUGAUUAUGACCCUCAGAUUUGCUGUCAUUUAGAUCGACAGGACAAGCUGCGGCAAUUUGCAAUUGCUAUGACGUUGAAGAGUGGUGUCCUUGAUCCAGACCCUGAAGAAUUACCCAUGGAUGAGGGAGACGAUGAAGACAUUGCUGAGCUUGAAGAACCGUCUACUGAUCAAUGA